AUGCCUCCGCCAGGCUACGUCUUCCGCGACGGCGGCACAACUCCCCCAGGCGAAGAGACCUCCGACAAGAGACUUGGACAUGUCGAACCGGCCAAGCCUGUAACUGCAACCCCCAAGGCUCCUCUGGGACAAAAGACCACCACCAGUCACCAACUGGCCACCGAGAACCAUGAAAUCCAAGGAGCUGCGCAGCGGGCCGGUAAGGAAGAUACAACCACCAACCUAGGAUGGCAAGCCAACGCGGUCAAUGUAGAAACUUUUGUCGGCAGAUUGCCCAACGAGGAGCUGUGGACGUUGCAAAUGUACCAUGUCAAAGCAAUCCCUGAAUCACCCCCUGGAGGUCUCGACCUCAACAUCGCCGAAGAAGAUGAAUUCUCUCCCGACAAACUGCGAUCCACCUUGGAACGGCUGUACAUGACGGUCAUUGUUGGCCUUAUCGCCUUUGGGAAACACAUUGCUCGACUGAGAUCAUGGCGCGAACCCCGUCGAACGGCAGGUUUUGCCGCAGUAUACUUUCUCGCCUGGAUCUUCGACUUGAUCAUGCCAACACUCUUCACCUUCAUCAUUGUCCUUAUCACAGUUCCUGAGGCUCGCACGUUUCUUUUCCCACCCGCACCCCUGGCUCUGGUCGACCACAAGACUGGUGGAGUCCAGAAACCCAAGGCCGGAGUAUUGGGUAGUCAUGACAGUGUUACAGGCGCGCCGGAGAAACACCAGGGCGAGGCUGUCGAGCAGGAAGCCAGCAAUUUGGUAUCUGGUAUUGCCUCGGUGGCCAUCUCCAGUGCCGCGGGACAGCACGACCAGGCCAAUCCGGAUGAGAAAGGUGGCAGCAAGACCCUCGAUGCUUCAGCGCCUGAUCCAACCAAAAUGGCCACCGCUGCUGCCGAUGCUUCUGCUUCUGCCCAAGGUGACACGCCACAUCCGGCACAUGACAAGACCAAACAGCCGAUGGAAGAGACUGUGUGGAAGCAGAUGCGUCCUGUGAUGCAUGCAAUCAACGAUGUCUCGGACAUGUGGGAGCGCUUUGCGAAUGCCUUGUCUCCUACUCCACCUUUCUCGCACAAGAAGCGUUACCAACUCGGUGCCAUUUUCGUCCCUCUCCUGCUCAUUUCUCUAGUCACCAGAGCGGAAUGGGUCAUCAAGGGAACCACCUUCUUUGGCGGCUUUGCCUUCUUCUCCGACCCGUUGAUGCAACGCGGUAUCCGCUUGUUGAACGAGAAAAUCCCCGACUGGCCCAAAUACUUGGAACUUCGCAACACGCUCCUCAAGGGGGUUCCUACCAAUGCUCAACUUACCCUUACACUUUUGCGGAUCGGUGAAGCCAAUCGAGCACCUCUGCCUCCACCUCCGACCUCUAAUGAGCCUCCGCCAGAGAAGCCGGCCGAAGUGGACAAGAAAGCUCUCACAGACAACGGACUGGAUGCUUCUCACGGGGAGAUUGAAGAUGCCAUCACUGUGGACAAGCCACCGGCUGGCCAGCCACAGACCCCGGCACAAGCCCAGGAACAGGUCCAGGCCAAGGCAGCGGAGCAAGAGGCACAGAAGAAGAAGAAGGGAGGCAUCGGGUCCAAGAUCAUGUCUGCGUUCAAGACUACCACGGCUGGAGGUGUAGAGACCAAACUGACUGUCGACUCCGUCAAAGCAUCACUGGGAUCCCAAUCUGCCAAGGAAAAGCUGGGUGUUCUGCCUACCAAAGACGAGAUGAAGGCCAAGCAGGUCGAGGGCCCAGUGGAAUACCGAGGCAGAUACAACGGCCGCAAGGGCGCUGUCUACAUCGACAGCUCGGUUUCUCCUCCCAGCGGCAAUCGACCAGCCUCGCCGUGUGUCUAUUUCACCACGCAUUUGGACGGUCAUGAGUCGGUUGAAACCAUGCCUCACGAUCCCGACUGGGCCAUCUCGAUUGCCGAUCUGGCGGAAGUGAAGAAGAUUGGCGGAUUGGGAUGGAAGGGUAAGAUUGUGGUGGGAUGGGCCACGAACCGCGAAGUCAAGGAUGGCAUCGAGUUGGUGACCCGCGAUGGUCGGAGAUACCAUGUCAUGGCUAUCAAGGACCGAGAUGCGCUGUUCAACCGGUUGAUCUCCAUGGGUCAACAGGUGUGGGAGAGUUAUUGA